UCGGUAGGAAGAACAUGGCGGUGGCAAUGGAGAUGGGAGGGGAGGUGAGGGAGUCGGCGCCUAGAGCAGACCUAGCGAGCUCGGCGAUGGCGGAUCCACCAGGAUCGGCCGGCGCCGAUUCUCCUCCGUUAGACAAUACCCGUAACGCGGCGAAGCCGCCACAAUCAGAUGCGGCGGAGCCGCCGACAAUGAAGUUGAAAGAUCUGCUGCCUGGAGGUGUAGGGCAAGAUGGACAUGGCGGCGAUGGCGGCGAUGGAAGUGAAAUGAUGACCGUAGAUCUGGGCCAUCUUAUGGUGUGUGAUCCCCGUGGGCCUCAUCCGUCUCGCUUCGCUACCGAGGAGGAUGCUGAUGCCACGUGUCUUGAGCUAGGAAGAGCUGCAAUUCAGGCCUUGGCAGCCAAACUGUUUGAAGUCCCUUCCGCUCCAGCCGCAGUUGGGCGGUCUGCCACACUCCCAGCACCAUUGACACGAUUGCCGCGAGAAAAGCCGUUGCCUAAACCGAAGCCUCCAACGAAAUGGGAGAAGUUUGCGAAGACGAAAGGCAUAAAGAAUCGAAAACGCAGUAAGCUAGUAUGGGACGAGAACGCACAAGAAUGGAGACGGCGUUGGGGAUAUAAGCGUGUCAAUGAUGAGAAAGACGUGCAUGUAUUGGAUGCCAAGGCAACAGACGAGGCGGGUACGGAUCCGUUUGCUGAGAGACGGAAGGCGAAAAAGGCACGGGUUGCAAAACAGGAGAAGCAUCAGAUGGCCAACUUGAAGGAGGCUGUUAAGCAUGGAGCAAUUCCAAGUACUCUGCAGCUGGCCGCGACGAAGUUGCCCAUUACCGGGACGAAGGAAGUUCCAAAGAAGCUUGGCAAGAGCCAGCUCUCCGAAGCGGCGGGGAUUGCAAGCACUGCAACCGCUAGCAUUGGGAAAUUUGAUAAAAAGCUGCCCGGAGAGAAGAACAUCAAGCAAAAGGGAACGAAGCGCAAGCGUUUGCCGGUGGAGGGGUUGAAGGAGGAGAAGGAGCAGACAAUGAAGGUGCUGGGUAAAAUCCUGUCAAAGAACUCCGACAACAUCGUUGACAUCAACAAGGCUGUGAAUGUUUAUAAAUCGAUGGAGGAACGAAAACGGUGGGAGACGAAACGGACUGCGCAGGAGGCACGUCUCCGGGACAGAGCUAGUGGGAAGAAAGGGAAAAAGGGUCCAGUGGGCUCUGGGAGUACGGAGAUGAAAGGCAAAACGGGUGGAGUAGGCCCUGGGAGGAAGGAGAAGGGGGGUAGGAGAUCAACAAAGGGAAAGAAGGUGAAGAGAAAGUAGUGAUCAGGGGGGGGGGAUCAUGAUGAGAUUUUUGUAACCUCCAGUUUUCUGACUUUUGAUUUCAGGUGAAGUCUGUAGCAUAUCAAUGUGUCAGUGACAUUCAUUUGCAAUACACGAGGCACUCAGGAUAUCG